GCUCGCGCGGAAUGUGCGCAAGAAUGAUCAGAUUUCCGGACGAGCUGGGGGCGGGACAGCUGCAGAGGCUGGAGCGAGGCGUCGGGAUGCAGCGCCCCGGGCCCUUCAGCACCCUCUACGGGCGGGUUUUAGCCCCGCUGCCCGGGCGGGCCGGGGGUGCGGCCUCUGGCGGAGGCGGGAACCUUUGGGGCCUCCCGGGCUCCCAUGUGCAGCUGCCGGGGCGUGUACAGUUUGGGUCUGUCGGCGGCUCGGGAGGCACAGGCGCCAGCGGCCGGGUCCGUAACAGUUUCUGCCCGGCUCCCUCCACGAUGUCCAAGGCCGAGGAGGCCAAGCAACUGGCGGGCCAUGUGGCCGUGAAGAACCAUGUGAGGAAUAACCAAGUGCUGGGAAUUGGAAGUGGCUCUACAAUUGUCCAUGCUGUGCAGCAAAUAGCUGAAAGAGUGAAGGAAGAGAACCUGAGUGUCGUCUGCAUUCCUACUUCCUUCCAGGCCCGGCAGCUCAUCCUGCAGCACGGCUUAACACUCAGUGACCUGGAUCGACACCCAGAGAUCGACCUCGCCAUUGAUGGUGCUGAUGAAGUAGAUGCUGAUCUCAACCUUAUCAAGGGCGGUGGGGGCUGCCUAACCCAGGAGAAGAUUGUGGCUGGCUAUGCCAGUCACUUCAUCGUGAUCGCUGACUUCAGGAAAAAUUCAAAGAACCUUGGGGAUCAGUGGCACAAGGGGAUCCCUCUUGAGGUCAUCCCAAUGGCCUAUGUCCCAGUAAGCCGAGCUGUGACCCGGAAGUUUGGGGGUGCAGUUGAGCUUCGGAUGGCUGUCAACAAGGCAGGUCCUGUGGUGACAGAUAACGGGAAUUUUAUCCUGGACUGGAAGUUUGACCGGGUGCACAAAUGGAAUGAAGUGAACACAGCUAUCAAAAUGAUCCCAGGUGUGGUGGACACAGGCCUGUUCAUCAACAUGGCUGAGAGAGUCUACUUCGGGAUGCAGGACGGCUCGGUGGACAUAAGAGAGAGGCCUCGGUUGAUCCUGCAAGGAGCAGAAUGCUCACUUUGAGUCUUCAGCUGCAUCUGGGUAGACACAGUGCCUCCCAGAGCCUUUGCCUUAAUGUGUCCGUGCCAGUGUGGACAGCUGGCCAUAAUAAGGAGGGGCAGUGGAUUAAAUCCAGUCUUCUCAAGUAUUGUUAUUAUAUGUCUUUUUAAAAAGAGAGAUUUAAACAUAUAUAUA